AGGACAACAGGCAACAACAGAAGAACAGAAGCCUUUCUUACAUUUAUCUGCCUGCGCACUUCAAUAAAGAAACUUCCAGAAAGUCAUGGAGCCUAAAACGAUUGAAAUGGCAGCCCUGGGAAGGGCCCUGUAUCCUGGCAUGCUGUACGACUGCCGCAGAGAUUCUUUCAUUCCAGGUGUUACUCUAUGGGAUAAACAGUCUUUGUCCAAGGAUUUGGAUGUGCAUCGACAGCCCAAGACUGAUCUGAAAUUUGUUGCUUCUGACUCACUCCGGGAUAAGACCAGCGUCCUUGAUGUCAGCGCCUCCCUCAAAGCCAGCUUUCUGGGUGGUUUAGUGGAGGUUGGAGGCUCAGCCAAAUACUUGAGUGACAAGAAGUCCUCAGAUCGUCAGUCUAGAGUUACUAUGCAGUAUAGCCAGACAACAAGAUUUGAGCAACUUACUAUGACCCAGCUGGGCAAAAUCUCCUACCCUGAUGUGUUUGAGCAGAAGACCGCCACUCAUGUUGUUACAGCUGUACUGUAUGGAGGUCAGGCCUUUAUGGUGUUUGACAAAGCAGUGUCAGAGAAAGAGGACAAACAAGAGGUUGAGGGAAAUCUAAGGGUAAUGGUUAAGAAGAUCCCUUUAUUUUCCAUAGAGGGGGAAGGAGCUCUAAAGAUGAAUGAGUAUGAGAAAAAAAUGGCUGAUAAUAUCAGCUGUACAUUUUAUGGUGACUAUGAGCUCCAGGAGAACCCCACUACAUACAUGGAAGCCUUGCAGCUUUACAAGAAGCUGCCAUCUUUGCUGAGGCAGAGGGAGAAUGAUGCUGUGCCUGUGAGGGUUUGGCUCCAUCCCCUGGCACGUUUCGACAGUAAAGCAGCUAAGCUGGAGAGAGAAAUUGGAGAAACACUUGUAGCUAAAGUUGAAGGCUUGUUGGAGGAGCUGGGAGAUGCAGAGAGGAGAUGCAGUGAUCUGGGUCAGAACACAACAAUAAGUGAUUUCCAGGAUGUGAGAGAAAGGCUGAAAACAUUUCAGGAAUCAUUUGGUAUCUACAAAGUGUUGUUACGAAAAGCUCUGGCCACUGUCCUUCCUGCUAUUCGGGGUGGGCAGGCACAAGACAGUUCACUGGCUGACAUUCUGACUGCCCAUGCCAACUCCCCCUUUAGGGCUAGCAAGCUAAAGCAGUGGUUAGAGAAUGUUAAUGGUGAAGUAGAUGUGCUGAGUUCCUACACCAGGGAACUGAAUGAAGUCCCGGUAAUCACAUCCUCAGCCAAGUUCAACAGCAUCCUCUUCAAUCCCACGGUGGACACAGUCAUAUGCUUCUCCUUCACUUCUGUGAAGUAUGAAGAUAAAUAUCUACAAACCAUUACAGAGUUCCUGAGAGCAGAUCCUUUUGAGAAGCAAUCAACAGUUCAGAAAUCAAGUGACCAAGACAUCCAGCCUUGGUUCAGCAAUCCUGAAAUAUCUAAGAAGAUGAAAGAGAACCUUUGCCUCUUCAAAAGUUUUUUUAAUGCCAAUAAGGAUAAGAAGACAACCAGGUUUGUCAUUUCAUCAAUCUCAGACCCCUCCAAUCCUGGCAUCUCCAUCCGCCUGUAUAAACAAGAGAAAGUGGAUGACCGCUUUCAACCAGUGUCCAAGCCUCCUGCUCCCAGUGUGGACAUUCAGAAUAAGAAUGUGAUUCUGAAACUUCAGAAGUCCCCAACUGGAGUCACAACGCGGUACAGAGUGGAAUACGGAGUAACACAGCCCGAUGCUUCAGGAGCUGAUGGUGGCACUUGGGAGACCAUAGACACUCCAGAUACAAAGGAAACCUUCAUAUUAAGUGGACUGCAGCUGGCCAACCAAUGCUGGGUCCGGUACAGAGCAGUCAGUGAUGUGGGAGUGAGUGAAGUCAGUGAAUCUGUCCAGUUCUCCCUCCAAGGGAAGGUCACCGUUCCAUUGGGCAAGUCAUGGAACUGGAUCUCUUCCUCCCUCAUUAAUGAACUAAGGAAGAAAAUAAUGACCAACUUGGGCGUCUCAUGGUGGAGUCUGUCGACAAUCAUGUCAGAAGUUUCGAAUCAGCUCAGCAAUAUUGCCUUACCCUAUGUGGGACCACUCAGUGGAGGGCUGAAAGUAGGACUGGCUUUGUUCUUCCAAGGUGUUGUUCCUUCAGAUUCUGAUAGCUUCACAAUAAAUCUGAAGGCUGGGCAAAGAGAAGGAGAUGACAUCGCAUUCCACUUCAACCCCCGUGUUGGGACACCCUCUGUUGUGCGCAACACCUUCAGAAACGGGCAGUGGCAGAAUGCAGAAGAGACCUCAGGGGGCCCAUUUGUGAAAGGAGGAGCCUUUGAUUUGUUCAUGGUUGUUAAACCAGAAGGAUAUGAGGUAAUUGUGAAUGGGUACGUCUUCUGUAUGUACUGGCACCGUAUGCCAGUGGAGAGCGUGUCUGCGCUUAAUAUCCGUGGAGAUGUUUUCAUGACCAACUUUGGCCUCAUUGAAGUGGACAACGUUAAAAUGAAGGUCACCAUGCCUGCCCAUAUUUGAGGAUACUAAUCAUCUCCAUUAAGUUUGUUUUUUCUUUGUUAUACUCAAGUAUCUAAAUGAUGAUCUUGUAGUAUUCCCUGUUCUGCAUAACAUUAUGACCACCUCCUUGUUUCUAUUCUCAUUAUCCAUUU